AUGUAUCAGCUCAUCAGCUGUGAUCAGCUGAUACAGCUGAUACGUGUAAUGAGUACGUGACAUGCGAUAUACCUGUUGGAAAUAAAAAAAUUAAUUGACGCUAUAGAUAUACAGUUGCAAACCAACUAAACUUCAUAAAAGAUUACAAUGUUGGGAAAACUUUUCUCCGAGUUUCUACCGAUUACUCGACAUUAUGGGCUCACGACAAAAAUACAUUUUGCUAAUAUAUCGAAGCGGAAUGUUGAAUAUAGAAGAUCAUCAACUUCAUUACAUGUCAAAACAAAUAGCACAUUGCCUGUGGAUGAAGAACUGCAGGAAAUUUUUAAACUCAAAAGUAUCAAAAUCAGUAACUGGAUUAUAGAGAACAAGGUACGUGCAUUAUGUGUCAGAUAUACUGAGAGCAACAGAGAGAAUCGCCAGCGGAUUUUACGCACAUUGGCUUUACAAUAUGCUGUCCAACAUAAUGAUAUAAGUCAAGUGGCAAAAAAGUUAGUUUGUACCGAGCCUGAAAAUGAGAGGCAAAUGAUUACUCAUGAAAGAACUUUGAAGAAUGUUCUUACGCCUGCUUAUCAUUGGUUAUUUUUUAUCAUAGGAAGAUUGCAGCAUGGUGUAAAAUUUUUAGUCGAUUUAAGGACUGAUGUGCUGGAACUAAUGUCAGAAGCAAAAGAUACAGAUGAAAGUAUAAUAAUACAACAGCUAAAUCAUACUUUGCGAGAUUUGCUUUUGCUCUGGUUUUCAAUAGGUUUCUUACAUAUGGAGAGAAUAACUUGGGAAAGUGCAUGUGAUAUAUUGCAAAAGGUUUCUGAUUAUGAAGCCAUACAUCCUAUAAGAAACUGGUUGGAUUUGAAACGCAGAGUUGGACCAUAUAGAAGAUGUUACAUAUUUACACAUCCAUCCAUGCCAAGAGAACCCAUUGUUGUAUUGCAUACAGCAUUAUGUGAUAUUAUACCAGAUUCUGUAAAGGGUAUUGAGGAAGCUGAAUCUAGAAUCCUAGGAAAUGCAAAAAAACAUAUAACAUUUUUAGAAGAAGAUAAAUCAAAAAUAAAAGCAGCAAUAUUUUAUUCUAUAGCAUCUACACAGAAAGGAUUGCAGGGCAUUGAGCUUGGUAAUUAUCUAAUAAAAGAGGUAGCUAUCGGGAUUACAACUGAAUUUCCAGCUGUGCACCAAUUAUCAAGCUUAUCACCAAUACCAAAUUUUACAAUAUGGUUAUUCGAUAAAAUAAAACAAGAUAUAACAUUCAUAUUUACCAUGCAAGAAUAUGAAAUUAUAAAAGAUAUGUUAAAAACAAAAGAUGUGGUAUUAGCCCUGAAAAAGAUUCUGAGGACUUCAUUAUGGACAAAUGAUAAGCAAUUAUCAGAAUUUUUAAAAGAACCAUUACUUCGAGCAUGUACAUGGUAUUUAUAUAAGGAAAAACGACGUGGCUAUGCUUUAAAUAAUGUUGCUAAUUUUCAUUUGCGUAAUGGAGCUGUGAUGUGGCGAAUAAACUGGAUGGCUGAUCCUUCGCCGCGUGGAGUAGCAAAUAGCUGUAGCUUAAUGGUUAAUUAUAGAUAUUUCCUAGAAGAAUGUGAGAAAAACAGUCGAAAUUACAUUGAACACUUUGUCAUAAAUGCUUCGGAAAAUAUAAUUAAUAUUGCCGCACAAGCGGAAAAAUUAAGAGUUACUUAUAAUACAAAUUAUGAUAUAAUGUGACAGGAUCAUGAAGAAAUACAACAAAUGUCUACAAGCAUGUCUAGGAGCAG